AUGCCUCGGAUACGUGGAGCUUGGGAUAAUAAGACUGGAAAUCGGAAAAAUGGCUUAUUGUUUGGGACAUGGAACGUACGUACUCUUUUUAAACCUGGAGCGGCUCAAAACAUUGUUAAAGAAAUUGAGAAAUACAAGUUAAAAAUUGUUGCUUUACAAGAAAUUAGAUGGGAUGAUACUGGAACGUUAGAUAUACAAGAAACAACAAUACUUUAUGGUAAAUGUAAUGAAAGACGCCAGUUUGGAACUGGUUUUGCGAUACACAAAAGCUUAGUACCAAAUAUAAGGGAGUUCAAAGAUAUCAAUCCAAGAACCUCAUUGUUGACAAUGAAAGCACAGUUUUUCGAUAUAACUUUCAUAAAUGUGCAUGCGCCUUCCGAAGAUAAAUCGCAAGAAGAGAAGGAUGAUUUCUAUGAGAGCUUGGACUUAAUAUUAAAUGCAUUACCUCAAUACAGAAUAAAAAUUGUCUUAGGUGACCUAAACGCAAAAGUUGGUAAAGAGACUGUAUUCAGGCCAAUAAUUGGUAGUCACAGCCUGCACGAAGUUACAAAUGAUAAUGGAUUAAGACUUAUUGAUUUUGCAUGUGGAAAUGGUCUUGUAGUGAAAAGUACAAUGUUCCCUCAUAAAAAUAUUUAUAAGGGAACAUGGAUGUCACCAGAUGGAAGGUAUGUCAACCAAAUCGACCAUAUUCUAGUGAGCACAAGAUUCAAAAACUGUAUUCAAGACAUAAGAACGAUGAGAGGAGCCGAUGGUGAUUCGGAUCACUAUCUGGUUAAAGGAAAAAUGAAAGUCAAAAUAAAAAAGGUAACUCGGAAUAAAGGAAUAGUGGUAGACAAAUAUGACACAGCUAAACUAAACAAUAUGAAUACGGGUGAAAGAUUCAAGUAUCAGAUGUAUGAAAAAAUCAGAAGGAUAGAUACAGGUAUAAAUGACUCAAUUGAUGCAAAAUGGAAGAAAAUUAAAGAUACUAUAAAGGUAGUAGCAGAGUCAGAAAUCGGGAAAAUAAAAUCUGUAAGAAAACCGUGGUUCAACGAUGUGUGUGAAGAUGCUCUAUAUCGGAGAAAAGAAGCUAGAAAUCAGUGGCUUAAUGACCAACAUAAUAGAGAAAAAGAAAUUGUGUAUAAAGAAUGCCAGAAAAGUGCAAGUAGAGUAUUCAGAAAUGAAAAACGAAAAUAUACUCAGAAUUUAUUGGAAGAAGCAGAAGUAGAUUCUAGAAUGAAUAGAGCGAGACAGUUGUACCAAAAAAUAAACAGUAUAAGAGGAGGUUUCAGAAAACAUAAUAAAUUCUUGAAAAACGAAGAUGGUUCACUGACUACAGGACAGGAAGAGAUGUUGGAAAAAUGGAGGCAAUAUUUUGGCCAGCUGCUCAACUGCGAAAAUCCAGAAGAAACUUUUGUAUGGACAAUAGAAGAAACCAACGAUUGCGAAUGCCUACCCCCUACUAGCAAUGAAAUAAAACAACAAAUAUUAAGGUUAAAAAACCAAAAAUCUCCUGGAGAAGAUGGGAUUCAGGGAGAAAUAUUAAAAAAAUUAGAUGAGGAAACAAUAUCAAGAAUACAUAGUAUUAUUGAAACGGUUUGGCUGGAGGAAAGACUCCCGGAGGAGUGGAAUACGGCGCUAGUGUGCCCUAUACACAAAAAGAACGACCCCAGAUAUGCAACAAUUAUAGGGGAAUAG